AUGAAUGGGUUGGUUAUUGGCUUUAUACUUUUAGAGCUUUUAUAUGAUGCAACUAUUUUAUUACUUUUGGGUGAAGAUUCAUUGACGAUGACUUUUUCAUCAACAUUCUCUGUUCUGUUGAUUAGCAGAUUGAUAACAGGAUUUGGUAUUGGCAUUGGAAAUAUGAUUGCUUCAUUAUAUAUUUGUGAAAUUUCACUGAAAUUUCAUCGACUUAUAUUUGAAUCAAAUGGUAGAGGUUGGAGAUGGAUGGCUGCUGUUGCUUCUGUCCCUCCACUAUUACAACUUUUUGGUUUAUUAUUUGUUUCUGAAACUUCAAGAUUUUUGGUGAAACAAGGUGACUUUGAGAAUGCCAAGAAAGUUUUGAGCAAAAUUUAUCCCAAUUCACCUUAUGAAUUUUUGAAUAAAGAAAUUGAGGUUAUUCAUGCAGCAAUUGCUUAA